AUGACGACACAACCGCACACCCAAUGUAAGGAUGAUUUUGUGGAUCAUACCAAAUCACUUUCUUUCAAGACGAAAAAACGACAACGAAGAUUUUCACGCACCGAAUGCAAGAACAUUGAAAUGGAUAUAACGGAAACGACACAAAUUGACCAAUCUGAAGAAACCAAAUGGUGGGUUCGAAUUCUUUGCCUACAACUGUUCAUUGUGAAAUAUGGAGUACUUUUUGAUUACUUUUUAGUGGGUGCACACACGUUUGUGAAUUAUGGAUGUGUGAAUACGUUGAUAUUAUUAGUAAUGAUGUUUUCUGGAUAUUCUUUUAGCUUGGAUUUACCGAGUGCAGCGAAUAGGAUGAAUUGUUUUCAAAGAGCGACACAAUUCCUCAAACAGAAUAUACUCUCAUUGUUUUAUGGGUGGUGUCCAACACAAAGCUCCAAGUAUACUUACAAAUUUACGACGUCGAAAGAAGCCACUUCUCAACAAGACUCGUAUUGUAGACAACAAUUAACAAAGGUCAUCGUAUCCUUAGUAUUUUUCACAGUGAGAUUUUAUUGGUUUAGAACGCCCUUACUCUUGUUAUUACCAUUGAAGCUUUUGAUCAUUGGAAGUACAUCAAGAAUGAGACAUUCUAUAUGGCGUAUCAUUGUUCCAUUUUACAUUUCCCUCCAUUAUUUAGGGUUCAUGUUUUUUCAAAUUUUUGCCUAUGUAUUAUUACGUUCAAUAACUUUUCGUGAAUGUUCCAUGGUUGUCUUGGAGACAUUUCCUUGUGCUCUCUCUACAAUGAUCUUUUCUUUAUAUAUCAUGUCUUUUACAGAGUGCCUCAAUAGAAAGUACGAGUUGCUCAACAAUGAAUUACAAACGAGAGAAAAAUUUAUUUCACACAUUUCACAUGAAUUUAGGACAGUGUGUUUAUCAAGUCUAGGUAGUAUUGAAUUAAUUAAGGACACCAACCUCAGUGAGGAGCAAAAAGAAUUGCUGCAGAAUGUUGAGAGCGCUUCCGGUAUCAUUUUGACCUUGAUUGAGGAUAUUUUAAAUUUUUCCAAAAUUGAUCAAAAGUUGAAUGGAAUAUCAACAAAUUCAACUCCAACAACCUCUAACGAUUCGAAUACGGAUAAUGAUGAGAUAUUUAGAUUAGAUUCUUGCUUAAAAACUGUUGCAAAUGUGAUGAAAGGUUAUUCCAAACCCUUAAACGUAUUCGUUCGGUUAGUGACAAGCAAAAACGUUGAGAACUUGGUAGUGAAGGGUAAUCCAUCGUGUCUUCAACAAUGUCUUAUCAACUUGAUCAGUAAUGCUGUGAAAGCUUCCAUGCCAGGUCAAACCGUUGAGUUACAUUGUGAUACGAAACAACACAAUUAUGAUUUGAAUGAAACAAACAACAACGAUGAAUGUUCUUCUUCACGUCCCAUUCGUUCAACUGCAUACUUUCUGUACAGAUUCCAAAGUUGGUCAAGGAACUUGUUUUACCUUACUUAUACCAUUGAAAGAAGUGGGGCAGCACAUGAAGAAGAAAUUGAUACAUACAAGAGUCAUGAAAACUCUCCAACCACCACUGCUACUGUCCACUCAGACGCUUCUGAAGAUUCUUACUCAUCACUAUCUACAUUCUCUGCAGAUUCAGGUUACUCUCCUUCGACAGCUCUGCAUCAUGCUCCUCCUCAUGCUCACUUGCUUGCACCAACAGUGGAGACAUUACCACCAUCCUUAUCACGACAGUUAGAUAUUCAAAAAACAUACAUUGACAAGUAUAUGAAUGCUUGUUCUCAAUCUUCGUGUCAUACUGACUCUCAUACCACUCCUCCACAAAUCAUCGUUGCUGAAGAUAAUGCCAUUAACAGAACAGUGUUAAUCAAACUGUUAAAAUCUAUUGGUUAUGAUGCAUUAGGAGUUUGUGAUGGUAAAGAAUUAGUACAGCAAUUCAAUCCUCAACAACAUCGCCUUAUAUUCACUGACAAAAGUAUGCCUAAUAUGGAUGGCCUUUCAGCAGCGAAAGAAAUUAGAAGUCGAUAUGGGUUUCAAUCUCCAAAGAUUGUACUUGUCACUGGAGACGUAUGUUGCAGUUGUAGAGAUCUGCCAAGCAGUCAUCAUCAUCAUUUACCAUGUGCAUGUAACGACAAUGAUCAUUCACCCGUUUCGUUGCAUGGACUGAUCGAUCGAGUAUUGCUAAAGCCAUGCACUAAGGAUGAUUUAAAACGAGCCAUCCACGAGCUGCUUCCAACGAAUCAGGUUGUGGAAAGCGAUCCUAUUACACCAAGAAAAUAG